AUGCAGUCGUACCAAGGUUCAGCGAACAUUGAUGACGUUGAGGCGGUGCUUCCUCAUGUGGACCAGGGCAUACCAGAUCCUAGGCAGAACCAAUGCGCACACGCAUCAGUACCCGAAGAUGAACGGCUCGAGGCGGAAGGUAUCAAGCGGAAGAGUCAGCGACAGUCACGAAUAAGCAGAGCAUACUCGUGGUCGACGAAUUGGAACUUUGCCGGCGAGUCUAUAGCUUCUACAAGAUUAACCGGCGAUCCCGCACCCGCGACUGAAGGACGCCGCCUGUCGAAACUUGGCCGCCGUCUGUCCUUCAUCUCAACCUAUGCCAACAAUAUCGCCGAUUUCAUCGCCACUGAGCCUUCCCACGAGACAAACUUCCCAAAAGGCCUCGAGUUCCCCAACGAAGGCGGCUCCAAUCUCUGCGUCUCGAUCUACGGCACUGUUGAUGCUCUCGAAGCUACGACGAUGAGACUCCUCAUGCCGAGAGGAUCAAAACAAGCAGACUUUACGGGAGCGAAGGACUACGUCGAUGCUCUGCAACACAUCUGCAAGCUGAAGAAUGGGGAUAUGUUUUGUCGGCCUACGCCAGAGAUUGAGAGGCAGUAUCCAGGUGCCGCGGUGAUCUUGAGAGGGACUGUGCAGGACUUUGUGAAUAAGUGUUUUGUCGUGGGCACGUUUCCGAUGGGGUUGUUAUUUGAGGAGAGAUUGCCGGAGAAGUAUGAGAUGGAGGUUGUCAUGAUUUGA